AGUGGUGGUGGUGGGUGCUCCGGGUUCCGCGAGUGUCCGCGAAAAACUAGUGCCGCGAGCCAUCAUGGCGAACCCACGGAAAUUCAGUGAAAAGAUCGCGCUGCUGAAUCAGAAGGAGGCGCAGGACUCGGCGGCAUUCGAGGCGAUCAUGAAGGAGGUCUCGGACGUCACGAAUAGAGUGACGUCGGCGAGCAGCUCGGUGGGUGCGAGUCCUACGGGAUCCGGCGUGCCGGAGACCCCGCUAUCCGUCAAGAGUGCUGGCGCCAGUCCACCGCAGUCCAGCGGCAAGCAUCUGCACAUUAACCUGGGAAAUCAGUUCAGGGCGGGCGGCUCGCUGCCGAACGUUAACAACAAUGUCAAUUGCGGCAGCGACGCGAAAGAGCACUCCUCGCCGCAUCCCGGCGCGAUCCACUCGAUCGACCUUAAGACGGCGCUCAGCAAUCUGGAGGAGAUGCAGCACAACUCCAUGUACCGCAGCGACAACAGGAGUCGGAGCAUGGGGGUGGGACCCAUGCGAUCUCGCCCGAUGGAGAAGAGGCAUGACACGUCGCCGUACAGCGGCGUGCCCUACCUGUCGCCACCCCCGCCGGACACCUGGCGGAGAACGAACUCGGACUCGGCUCUGCACCAGAGCGCCAACGAGGCCUGCCAGUCGGCCUCCGCCAUACCUCAUCGACGAGGUAGCAACGCAUAUCAACACGCUAUGACCGGAAGCGGAAACGACAACAGAGAUUCCCACCACGGCUUCAUCGAACGACCAAGAUCCUCGUGCGAAAUGCCUAGAGUGCCUGGGAUUAACAUAUACCCGAGUUCACAGCCGCCGGGACAGCAAAUACCAAUAGGCAACAACACAGGGUCGUUGCCCGACUUGAGCAACGUGCACUUCCCAUCGCCCCUUCACACUCCCCUGGACCAGGAGGAUCACUCGAGUAGUACGCCAUUCAGCAAUAGUCCUCAAACGAGCAGUCCCACAAACCUGUCCAGCCCGACCAGCUUGGCACAAGCUGGUAGGCUCUCCUUUUCACAGGAUCCAUCAAGCGUCCAACAGGGUGUGGCGUUGGAAAACAGCACAAGUACUUCGCAACAGGAUCUUCAGAGUUAUCCGCAACAACCGGCGCCGACGGCGACGUCUCACAGCCCGACUGCUGGCCACUACAUUUAUCAACAACCGCACAGUCCUGUGCCGCCGCAAAGUCCAAAAACGUCACAACAGCAACAGCAACAGCAGCAUCAGCAGCAUCAACAGUCGCAGCAACAGCUCAAUUCGUUGGGAUCGUAUAGAUCCACGCAGUCGGUGAACAGGCCGUCGCCGCAAUCGUCACCUAGUCUAACAGUUCAGGGAAGUCCCUUAAGUUAUAGCAAUAACCCAUCGGCGCCGCCUAGUCCUACAGGACAUCCGGGUCCACCCAACUUGACGUCCGACGCUAUUGAUCAGAAUUAUUUCAUCAAUCAGGCGCAAGCAGCGGCUCUUCAGCAGGAUUUCGAACAGUUCACUAUGGGACUGGAGUGGCCCAAAUUUGCGCAGCAGCUGAUGGAACUCGGUUGGACCACGCAGAUAGAGAUGGACACGCCGGUGCAGGCGAGCACGAUUGGGUCGUUUAUCGGGUCGCCAAAUCAUUCUACGAAUUACACGCAGAGCGACGUGAUUAAUGUCGGUGGCGAUUUAGGCAGUGGAGAUACCGGAUACUUUAGCACGAGUCCGCAAAUGGGGUAUCAACCUGCGACAACGACGACCGCUACUCAACAGCUCACACCGCAAACUCCAAACACACCUACCAUCAUUCUCACAGAUUUUUCUGGUACGGAGGAUCCAGAAUUUGUCAAAGAUCUCGGGACGGCAAUGAUGGGUGAUUUUGACCCGGAAAUGUUUCCAUCGGACGAUGCCCUCAGACAGGGCCUUGAUCCAAUCGACGUGGAUGGUUUGCAAAUGCUCGCUGACCCUACGAUGGUUAUAUCGGAUUCCAGCGCCGAAGCCCACUUUAGAUUAGAUCGACUUUAAGAGAAGAGAUUUUACUCAUUUACCAACACUCAUGUCGACUAUUGUGUAGGAUAAAAUAAAUUCUGUCCUCGUGUCGUGAUUAAUUCUUAAGACACUUUGACAUAUUUGGGGUAUCACUUCUUGGGCACUGGCAGAUUUGCAGGGAAACGCGCGUCAAUAUGUAUAAAUAUUUGUAAAUUUUAUUAUUUACAGCGUAAUGAAUUUAGGUAGAGUUACGCCAAUAUUUUUAUCUCCUUCAAUGUUGUGCAUUUUUUUUUAUCUCGUAACCCAUAUAUAAUGUGUCAGAUCUGUAUUGUUUUUAUAGAUAGCAUAUUUGCGUCUAGUAUUCUUUUGAAAUCUUUUCUGGAAACAGGUCAGUGGUCAAUGAAAGUUGUUUCCCACUCGUGAUAAACCGCUACUUGACGAUUAAGUAAUAUAUAUAAAUCUUUAUUAACCCUUUUUUUAUUUUACACUACUUUGUACAUUGUAUCAUGUAUGAUCUCUAAGAAGCACAAAAGAAAAGGUUUACUGAUUUAUACAUGCUUUUAUCAUAAAUGCAAUUAUAGUGAAGUAAUCUACCGUUUAGGCCAAUUUAAACUUAGAAAAGACGAUCGAUUAUAUUCCUCAACGAGGAGUGAUUAAGAAAAAAAAAACGCAUAAAGAUAUAGAAGUGAGAGAGGAGGGAGAUGCCUAUCGGCGGUACACGCCAACAGCGAUCUAGAUUCUUUCUUGUGUUUCCUUUUCCUCAUUACAUCCUUGAUGCGGACAACUUACAAUCAUAAACAUUUACGUUAAUAUACCUAGUCUAUAUAAAUAAUUCAUUAGUUUUUCCUCUCAUUCUCGAUAUCGCAUUCGCGAGAAUACUAUGAAUUAGUUUAGACAAUACAGGAUUGUACUAUUGAACAAAAUUCAGGUUCGAUUUGUCUUCAUCAAAAAUUACGAUCAGAUCUGUGAUAUUGUACGAUUAAGCUAAGAAAUCCGAAAGCACUCUAAAGACACUGCAUAAAAGAGUUUUUUCGGAAACAAGUUUUUCUAUGCUUCAAAUAUGCAAUCCUGCUUCUAAUAAUCGUUUCUAGCUUUAUUAUUUCAUUUAAAGAACAUUUGAUUAUAAUUUCCAAUCGUCGUUAAUUAUUAAUUGCUUUUCUCAUCGCUGAAUAAACGCAGUAAUAAUAACGAGCAAGAAGAAAAUAUCAUAUGCGUGUACCCUCGGCAGUUGUCAAUUUUUUGAAAGUAAUACGCUAUACUUUAUAUGCAUUCGAUAAUUAGUCGAAUGUGAAAUUAAGAUAAUUGUUAAUAAUUGUGAAAUCAAGAUGACGACCUUUAUAUCUAGACACGUUGUAAGUAGCAUACCAUAUCUUUCUCGAUAACAUUCAAAUUCUUCGUUCUAAUUAAAGACACAACGUAGGCGAUUAGUGUUACAGAGUCAGACUACGAUGUACCGAAGAACGCGACGAAAUCUAUGGUACAACGUAAUCUGAAUCCCCGACGGUGCAUAUUUCAGCACACGUACACCUUUCACAUUAUAUUAAAUAGAUUGAAAUUUGGACAGACAUAAAUCGCAGUGAGAUCGCUAUCGUUAAUAUCACAUUCAUAUCUUAUGAAUAUAGAUCCUCUCUGUCUGCAAAGAUAAAUAAAUAUAUGGAACGGUGUUGAAGAAACUUCGGUAAAUGCGAAGUGCAACGAGAACGGAAUGAAUCCUUUUACACAUUACACGCUAAUGACUAGCGCACUUUGUAACUACAGAAGUUUUUUUUUACACGAUGAGAAAAGAGUGCAUCUCGACGGAAGAAAUUUAACAAGAAUCUUUAUAUAUUUAAAAUAUGAUUAAUGUGACCAAGAGUUGAAUCAUUAUAUCCAAAAGUUUAUCGUAUUAAAUGAAAUUCUCUUCCCGUUUGCUCUCUCUCUCUCUCUUUUACUUGCGAAAUAAAUCUCGCGUCCGCGUAUAUGCAAACGCAAGAGGUGCCAAAAGCGCGUAGAUAUUCGUCAUAGAGUGUAAGAUCGUGCUAUCGACUCAUAAUCGUGCAAUAUAAACGUAUAUAUAUAUGAUCGUCGGUCGUUUAACGUAAGGUUUCAACCAAGUUAAAUGUUAACCAAGAUCGUAACGUCAAUUUGUCAUUGUCAUUUUAACCAUAAAUGCGAAAGGUUUGCAAAAGGGAUUGUGAAGAGCACAGAAUUUUAAUCAUGGUCUUUGGAAAAGAAAGACCGUUUAUUUCCUUUCAUUGUAUCUGACAUAUUGCGGAGCGUUAACAUUAAACCAGUGCUAGAUUAUGCGUGGUUCGUGGCUCGAUAUUUUCGCUAUUCAUACUUUCGAGAUUCGAAAAUAAUGUAAAUGUUUAUCAAAUUUGUAUUCGUUGUUUAUCAUUCGUGUCGAUUUGCCAGCCGGGCUGACGGUUUUUUGACGAAAGUCAAAAAAAUAUAAAUCACCACGAAUCGAUUAAUUCGUGUUGAUGCAUGUACAGCGUUACAAACUCCAUGCAAACAAUGAAAUACAAAUUGUGAAUAAUGAGAAAGAGUCAUACUGACAGAUUUCUGCGAAUCUAUUACGAGUCACGGAUUGCGAAUCAUGAAUCACGAGUCGUGUAUGAUCAGAUGCUAGUUUUACUGUCUUUCGAUAUUCAAAAUGCAAAAGAUUACGGGUAAUGUGUGAAACAAAAAAUAGCAAAAAUUAUGGAAAGAGAAUCACGUUGUUGUAUUGAUUGUUACAAAUGAGAGAAAUAAUCUAUCCGUAAGAUCUUUUAUUAAAUUGAUACUGUUUUUAUUGAAAUGAAAUAUUGUAAAAUGUUUGUUGAAUGGAUAGACGAUGUAAUCAGCGUUAAUUAUAGUUUAUGUUAUUUUUAACGAAUGAGAAUAUUGUAUAGUAUCGAGUUAUCGGCCUCGCAGAGAUUAUAACGAAAGUUAUACACGUUUAUAUAUUAUGAUCUUGUUUAUCGUUACACAAGCACUCUUCUCAGACAUCGUGCAUGCAAAAGUCUCGUUUGAAAUAAUUUUUAAUUUACGAAUUGUUUAUUCGUUUAUAAUUUAAUAGAACAAUGGUAUUAAAACAAACAUUAUUUAUUUUAGCUUGACAUUUGACGACUGAUUGAGAGAUGUGCGAUGCCUGGAGAUACGUGAGAAAAAAUAAAUCUUUUUAAAAGGCAAUUACAAAAUUUUGACAGCUCUGUAAUAUAGAUCGCAGAGUACAGGGGAAUCUGAUGAUUCGUAUAA